AGAUGGGAUCAUGACGAGCGUGUGUUGACCUACCAAGUACCGUCAAUAGAUGCUACAAAGAAAUGUUUUCAGCUGUUCGGUGAAUGAAAAUUAAUUAGUGAUGUAUUUUUUAAACGGAUAUUUUUGAAAAUCACCAAAAUGUUUCAAGAAGAUGAAAAGGAAUGGAUUCUUGAGGCCAUCAAUCAUUUGAAACAUAGAAAAGCUCGUCCCGAUUUGUCGCGUAUUAGUCUGCGGAUGAAAAGAAAAUAUUUUAUGAGUUUUGCGCAAACUAAAAAACUUCUUGAAUCACUUAUUGAAAGUGGCAUUGUUGUCAAGGCUGUUUACAAAAAUAACACAAGUUAUAGAGAUGUGUCAAAGUGGAAGAAAGGGCGAUUAGGUGGCCAAAUUUUAAACUCAAACAAAAUGCUAAAGCGAUUCAUUCGAGCUAUAGAGGCAAUAGAAAAAACGAAAGGCACGGGUGUUUUAGCCAAAGACAUUGAAGAGUAUUUAGGGAGUCAGGGAGAAGAAAAGUGUUUUUUGUCAGGACCAGCACUAAGGGAUGCUUUAGAAAACGAAAUUUGUAAUGGUUAUUUGAAAAGAACUUUUAAUGGAACUAGAGUGCAUUAUACCAUAAACAGUGAUAACAUAGAGAAUGUGCAUCAUUUCUUGCAAGAAGAUGAGAAUAGCCAACUACAGGAUUUCAUAAUUGACAGUAACUCAACUUCAACACCACAAAUGGGUCUGCUUCUGACAAGUGUACUAGCAGCCAUCAAUGAAACUGAGCGUUCUGAAGACAUGGGAUCAACUCUUUUAGAUAUUAAAGAAAUCUUAAUUCUUAAAGGCAUUCGUUUUUCUGAUGAUAUAUUUUUGUCAGAAUUUUUAGAAAAUAGUACCAAAAAAGGCGUUUUAACAAAAAGUUUUCAUGACUCAGUAACCUACUAUGCGGAAAAUAAAAAAUUCACAAAGCAGUUGGAAAUAGGAAAAGGUGUAAUAGAUAGUUCACCAGAGGGUAGCUCCGGCAGACAUUUUAAUUUAGAAAAAAUAAAAGACAGUGGUGAUGAGACCUCACGAUCAGAUUCAAUUGUAUCAAAAUGUCAGCAGGAAUAUGUAUCGAAACAUGCACAGCAAGCUGUUCCCCUGCGUCCUCCAUCAAAACGGAAAGUAAGUAUAUGCGCACAUCCCUAGUCUGUUUUACAAUGCCUCACUUUCAGGAGCAAGAAAUUUAAUACAGUUGUCACAUCAGCCUUGUCAUAGUCUAUAGAUAUAAGGAUUAGAGUUUGUGGCGGGUGGGCAAAUUGUUGAGAAGUUUUGUUUUAAAAAAUGGGCCUAAUCCUAACAAAGAUAAUGUGCCUUACUUCAACACUUUGAUACGGGAGAACAAUUUAUUAAUGAUCAUUAUAUUAAGUUUAGGUCUACUACUCAGUCUCAGUACUUAUUUUUAGGUGCAAUUUAACUCUUUUUUUUUUGCACAUUCCAUAAUGCAUAGUCAUACUGUUAGCAUUCCUAUAUAUAUAUUUUUUAACUUUGAUGUUAAAAUUCCACAUAGCAAAUCUUAUUAAUUAAAUAAAAUAAUAAAAGCCUCUGUCUUAAGCCUAAUUAAUAAUGAAGCAUGAUUAUGCUCUAUUUAUUUAAUAUAAAUAUAACUAAAAUUAAAAAGUAGUGAGUUUUGCUGUUGAACCAUUAGUCACUAGCCCAAUAUUUUUAUGAUACAAAAUGACAGACCUUUAACUUUAUUAUUAGCAUGUUACAUUUCUAUUUUAUAGAGAAUCGUGAAAGACCAUGGCCCUGAUUUUGAAAUAGAAAUGCCAACAAAAGUAAAAACCAAGUUUUCAGGUAAGAAUACUGUCAUUGUAGAAUUUAGCUGUGAAAAGUUACUUGAAGUCUUUUAUAUAUUAUUAAAGCAUUAUAUUUUCAUAUCUAUAAAAAACAACCAAAAAACAAAACAAAAAACAAGGUUAAUCACGUUAGCUAAUAACAUAAGGUAAACCAUCAUAAUAGCUAUUAUCUCUGUGUGAGUGUAGUUUGACCUUUAGUUUAAAAAUUAAAGUUGGUUGGAUUGGUGAAACGAUUUUGAAAUUAACCCUAUUAAAGGUAGUGUAUAAGAGUUAGAUUAAAUAAUGGCCCAUCAUAGUCAGGCAUAGUUUCUCCUCUUUCUUAAAUGAUCUUUCCUGAAUUUUCUUUUGUGCUUAUAGAUCAAUUCAAUGUUUCAGAAAACAAAGAUUCUGUUUAUCCAACACCAUCAGACUCACCUGCUUCAGAAAAAUCUGAUUUGAACAUGUAUCAGAGGUAAUAAAAUGUUCAUCUUUAACAGUCAAUUUUCAUCUUAUAAAUCAAAUCAAGAUGUUCACAAUUUUUUUUAAAUAAUGAAAAUGGCAUUUAACAUUGAUAUGAUGGAAAUUCAGAGUGAAUUGCUCAGUGCAAAUUUGGUAAAUAUACUUAAAAGAAUAGUGUUAUGAAGAAUACACAUUACUUACAAAUUUUAAUUUUGAAUUGGUUAAGAAAUGAAACCAUGCAAUUUUAACCCAUACAGUAACGGGCGCGUCUUUUUGCAGUGACCUACUUUUUUCCUUCUGACCCACACACAUCUAUUUGUCACAUAGAGAGGGGUAUAUUAUUUAAACACAAAAAUGAGGUUAUAACCUUUCACAACAGUCUCGGGCAGAAUGGUUAUUCAUAUGGGGAAUAGUCGAAUUUUAUUUUGUCUUUUAAAUUAUGAAAAUCGACCAUUUACUGAAUUUUUUAUGCAGAUCUGUAUUUGUUGUUUCCCAUGUCGCUACCUAGCGCUAUUGUUGAUGACCACUUACGCCCACUUGAUGAAACCUUUUGUUCUGAAACUAUUAUUGAGCUUUAAUUGGGAUUAGAUGAUUCUGAUGCUGAUGAAGAUAGGGAUGAAAUUUUUGAAGGAAGUUGGCCUACUAUACCUCAAAAUUUACUCCUACAGGAGCUUGUAGGUUUGACAGGUUUUAGACCUAGUGCCAACUUUGAUUGAUAUUGAUUUAGAUGAAUAUUGACUGGCCACUAUGCUGGCCACACAAUUCCCAAGUGUGCCAUUGCUAAUGAAAAGUGUGAACAAAAUACAAACACCCUUAUGCAAUCUGAAGAGAUAAUGCUUUACAUGUUAUUAAUUGUUUAAAACAAAAAAGUUACAAAAUAAUUUGCAGACCUAACAAAUUUUGGCUCAUUCCAAAAUAAUGUCUGGGUCACAGGGAAUAAUUAGCAAAGUAAUAGCCGGUACUGAGGCUAUACAUAGCAAAAAUAAAGUAGGCUUGUACCAGAAGGGUUAAAACUACCAAGAAUUGUUUACUUAUUGUUAAAGGUAGAGGUUUUUUCACUUACGCAACAGCUCUUGUCAAAAAUCAACUCAACCCUUGUCCCUCCACUGCAUUAAUAUAUCCUUUCUGGAAGAUAUGUGUUUUCUUUCAAAUAAUCAAAACUAAUAAAUAACUCAGGUUUCACACUAUCAUCUCUUUUUGUUAACAAAUCUUUCUGUUGUAAAUUACUUAUUACAGCUUUAAUUUUGAUAAGAAAAAAAGAGGAAGGCCAAAAAAGAAUCAGUCACAAACAUCAAGUAUACACAAUGAUCAUAUGGAGGAGGACUCUAAACAAGGGGCCCCUUCUGAAGUGUCCACAGUAGAAGAAGAUGAUACCAGUAUCACCUACCCUGAUAUUGCUGCAUGGAGUUCAGAGCAAGUGGCUUCUUAUUUCUCAAACAAAGGAUACUUUGAAGAGGCACAAAGCAUGCUAGAAAAUGUGAGUUUAUUCUUUCAUCCUAAUAUUUCAAUUGAAAUUAUUUUAACCCUUUACAGGGCAGAGGUACCUCCUCUUACAUCUCCUGAACAGGCACCACUUCUCCGGUUUUUAGUAAGAUUUAGGGUUACUUUAGUAAAAAAAAUCAAAUCUAAGGUGUAAGUCAACAAAUUUUUGUGAAAUAUAAAGGAAAAUGAAUGCAGAUUUAUAAUUUUACUCACAUGUUGCCAUUAAUCCUCAUAUGAACACAGAUAUUUGUAAAAAUAACAUAUUGUUUUUGAUUGUGAGUAAUCUAUUUACCAUUUACAAACACUGCCGCAAAAUCGAAGUUUGUAAAAUUCAACACUGCUUACUAUGCUGAUUUCACUAAUAUUACUAAUAAUAUUAAUAUCUAGUUCCAAUUUACAGUCAAUUCGUGCACUUUAAUGUCACUUAAAUUGAAUCCAGCGAAAUCUCCGCUAUCACUUGAAUAGUCAACAAAUAAUCGGCAAAAUCCACUUCGAAAAAAAAUAAUUUUUAAACCCCUAAGACUAAAAAAAAAUCGAUUAAAUACUUGUAACUGGCCCCCACUCUAUCCAGCUAUCGGAAAAACCGGAUGUAAACAAUAAGAAGUCUCGCAAAGACUUGGAGGUCACAAGUUUAUAACUAUGUCGUCACGGACCGGACGCUUUUGGACGUUUUGACCGUUCAGUACUAAAGAUGUUUUCAGCCGCUCUGCCUGGUAAAGGGCUAACUCUUUAACAAUUUAAACUUCCUUCACCGUGAGAUAAAUUAUUUCUUACCCUAAAAAUUGAGCAAAUAUUUUAUCAGGGAUAAGGGUUUGCACACAAUUUUCCUCUCAAGAUACAUCUUAUUAAAAACUGAGUAAAAUUCAAAUACAUUUUGAAGUUGAGCUUGUUGUAAAAUUUAUUGACUGGUAACAUAAACUUAAAAAGAAAUCCUGUAUAUUAAUAUUAACUUCGCUUUUGUUUGUGUGUUCUGUGUUCAGGGCAGAUUUUUUGGACAGCUAAUUGACCCACUUCCCAUGUACUUCCCAUCAUCCUAUCGAGCUGAAACUUGGGGUCAUAGACUCCUGAUGACAACACAUUAUGUCAAAUUUUCAGCCCCAUCCCAAUACCAAAAAAAACAGUUUAUCCUGUUUUUUGCUAGGGGAAGCUUAAUGACCCAUAUCCUGUCAUCCUAUUGAGCUGAAACUUGGUGGCACAUGAACUUGUUGCAGAUAAAAACACAUUCUAUCAAAUUUUCAACCCCAAAGAUCAGUUUUUCAAGGGGAAGAUAAAGGAAAUAUGAUGCAGUUAUUACCUAAGAACUGUGGCCAUCGCUAUGUCGCACAAAAAUGUAUACAAAGAAUAUGUGCAAAAAAAAAAUGUUUUUAAGGGUUGUUUAAUUUUGUUGUGCUGUUACUUUUUAGUCAAUUCAAUUUUUUUUUAUCCACAGGAUCUUGAUGGCACAGCCUUAGGACUGCUAAAAAGAUCAGAUAUUGUUGGACCUCCUUUAGGAGGUAUACUUAAAGUAAAAAAACUUGGAGUAGCUCUCAAGCUGUUUAGGGACAUCAGAGAUCUCUUAUAUCAAGGCAAUUCUGAUAACUACCUUGAUCCCUAUGAAGAAAAACCAUUUUUGAGGUCUUGAUGAUGGCUUAAAUUAGGUUUUAGGACUAGGUGUAUAUACCAUAUUUCUCAGGAAUAAGAUUUUUAAAUUAUUAACUUGCUCAUUGACAAACCUGUUUUAAAUAAUGUACAGGUUAUGGUAAAACUAUGAAUAAACAUGUGAAUAUACAAGGACAGCUUGUGUUCCCAUUUAUGUACAUUUACGUACAUUUUAUCCCCAUGCAAACGAAUUCAUGUUCCAUGAAUUUAUAUUAAAUUCUAAAGCACUGCAUUUUAGUUAAAUGCAAUUUAAAAGGGGGAAAAUGAAAUCAAAUAAUGGACAGCUUGUGGUGAUGUAAUUUGAGCUUUAAGUAGCUGCCAUGUGACAUUGGUUUUGUUGAUAAGAUGUGCAUUUUCAAAAAAGAAAAAUUUGACACACUCUUUGGUUAUUUUUUCUUUACCUGUAUUUUAUGAGAAAUACCUGAAGUCAAUUGGUUGUUUAAUGCGUUGUCAUAUUUGUCGUCUAAUUUUAAAAAAGCUGCAUGUGAUUGCUAACCAAAAUUAAAUGUAUGUUUUGCUCUUUUUUUUUAAAAUUUAAUUAUUUGCCACAAUAAAUGAACAUGUGUAUGAAUACCAUAUGAAAGAACGGUAGUAUGCUAUAGUUUAUGAUCUUGCUGGCAGAACUAAAGAGAUGUAUUGUACCAAACAUAAAUAUUUGGGAAACAAUUGUAAAUAUUUUAUAUCAUUAAGCCAAAGACAUUUGGGCUUGAAAGCUUUGUAGUUGGCAAACAGCUGGCACACACCUUGUGAAUACCUUUAGAUGACUCCAUCGUAUUGUAUUUCUCUCCUAUUUGUUUUUUUACAGUUCUAUCAUUUCCCUUUUUAUCCCAAAUGUAUUUUAUUUCACUUAUUCCUUAAACCACUUAAAUGGGUAUUGACCAACUUAAAAGGCAAAUGCUAUCUGCUGAGACAAAUGUUGGUCAGCAAUGAAGGUGUUUUAAGCAAGCCUUUAUUACAACGGGUCACGCUAUGCAGCCUCUGUCUUGGGAGCUACUUUCUUGCCAUUCAUAAAGCCUUUACUUUACAUCUUAUGGAGGCUCACCAGUGAUAUUUGCAAGAAUCUAUUUGGAGGCUGGUCUUUGUCAAAGGUUCACAUUUAUAACCAAGAGGAAACAUGAUUAAUGUAUUUUGUUCCACGGCUGUCAGAUUUGUUUUGUCAGAUUCCAUGGGAGACCAUAUUUGCUCAAUACAUUUCUAUUUACUUAGUGAAAACUCAUUCCCUGUAUUUUAUUUAUCUGGUUAGAUUAACAGUGCCGCUCAGUACUUACUUAUCUUGUUCUUUAUGACACAGGGAUAUCAUUUACAGUCUUUGUUUUACUUUGAAAGAACUCCCCACUACUAAUAUUAGCGUUACAAGUAAAGUUACCAUACAUUUAGAAAAAGAAAGGAGUUAAUUGGUCCAUGUAAAUCUUGUUACUUGUCAAAUUACAGAAGCCUUACAUUGAACUGUACAUCAAAACCAAUAUAUAUAUGUAGGGGAGAGACUGCUAUCAGGUUAGCAAAAUGAGUAAUGGGUAAAAACCUGAAAAAGGACAUCAAGAAAACAAUGAAUGUGUCGGCAGGAAGCCUUCAUCAGUGAACAAACAACUGAAAAAACAAGAUAUAAAAGAAAGCACUGGAUACUACUACUCAGCUAAGUAAAAUAUAAAAUAAAAAGCUGUGACUUUGCAAUGUAAGAAC